GCACAUAACUGAAGAUACUAACGGCGUUCCAUAACGGUGUACAUACACGGUGCGUUUUAUAUUGACGAUUGUGCUGAAGAAAAAGGGAUUAACAACGUUGCGUAGUAUGUCUAAACGAAAAGACAACGCUGGUAGUCAUUCUAGAUAUUCAAAGAAACAUAAAAAUGAGAGAAAUUCAGAAGAUGAAGAGGACUAUGUUCCAUACGUGCCAUUAAAAGAGAGAAGGCGACAGCAGUUUGAAAAGGCAAAUAAAUACUUGAAUAAGAGGAGCAUAAAAGAGUCGGAAGAAAUGGUAGCUGAUGCUGAGCAGGAAGGGCGAGAUGAGGCAAAAGAGGGUCCACUAGCCAAGAUGAGCCUGAUGGAUCAGCAUGCAGAACUCAAGAAGCAGGCUGAAAGCAUUAAAUUAACAGAACGAGACAAGCAACUAGAGAAAGAACAACAGCUAUUACAAAGUGUCCAAGAACAAAGAGCCUUGAAAACUGUGCGAGAAUUAGCCACUGGAACGACCUAUACAGAUCCAAUCAAAACUGGUUGGAAACCACCUCGCUACAUUAGGAACAUGACAGAGGCGCGGCAUGAAAGGGUGCGAAAAAAGUGGCACAUUCUGGUAGAAGGGGAAGAUGUUGCACCACCAAUCAAAAGCUUUAAGGAAAUGAAAUUUCCCAAAGGAAUUAUAUAUGGUCUGAAGAAGAAAGGAAUAACUCACCCUACACCUAUACAAACACAAGGAAUACCAGUUGUUCUGUCGGGCCGUGAUAUGAUAGGGAUCGCAUUCACUGGGUCUGGCAAGACGUUAGUUUUUACGUUGCCAAUUCUGAUGUUUUGUAUUGAGCAGGAGAAGAGGAUGCCUUUUGUAAAGAAUGAGGGACCUUAUGGCUUGAUCAUCUGUCCAUCUAGAGAGUUGGCAAGACAGACCUACGAAGGUAUUCAGCAUUUUGUGAAGUGUCUUGAAGCUGAUGGUUUACCAACUGUCAAGACGAUGCUCUGUAUUGGUGGAGUCUCUGUGAAAGAACAGAUGGAGAUUGUACGCAAAGGUGUUCAUAUUGUGGUCGCCACACCUGGUAGACUGAUGGACAUGUUGAAUAAGAAGUGUUUUUCUUUAUGUGUGUGUCGCUAUCUGUGUUUGGAUGAGGCUGAUCGAAUGAUUGAUCUAGGAUUUGAGGAGGACAUCAGGACAAUCCUCACUUACUUCAAGAGUCAACGACAGACCUUACUCUUCAGUGCUACUAUGCCCAAAAAGAUUCAAAACUUUGCAAAGAGUGCCCUCGUUUUUCCAGUAACAGUGAAUGUUGGUCGGGCGGGUGCUGCGAGUCUUGACGUCAUCCAGGAAGUGGAAUAUGUGAAACAGGAAGCUAAGAUGGUGUACAUUCUGGAAUGUUUGCAGAAGACUCCGCCUCCUGUUCUGAUAUUCGCCGAGAAGAAAGCUGAUGUAGACGACAUUCAUGAAUAUCUGCUGUUAAAAGGAGUGGAAGCAGUGGCGAUUCACGGUGGCAAAGACCAAGAAGAGAGAACUCGUGCAAUUGAUCAAUUUCGUCAAACUAAGAAAGACGUUCUCGUGGCAACUGAUGUAGCAUCGAAAGGCUUGGACUUCCCCAAUAUUCAACAUGUCAUUAAUUAUGAUAUGCCAGAUGAUAUAGAAAAUUAUGUGCAUAGGAUUGGUCGAACAGGAAGGUGCGGUCAGACUGGUAUAGCAACAACAUUCAUCAACAAAGGAUGUGAUGAAUCUGUUCUGUUGGAUUUAAAACAUCUGUUGGUAGAGGCGAAGCAGAGAGUUCCAAUGGUUUUACUAUCACUGGAGGGUGACAAUGAGGAGUACUUGAAUCUUGGAGAUGAAAGAGGAUGUUCCUUCUGUGGUGGUUUGGGUCAUCGAAUCACAGAAUGUCCUAAGCUGGAGGCAAUGCAGACGAAGCAGGCUAGUAGUGUAGGCCGCAAGGACUAUCUGGCUAGUGGAGCAGCCGACUGGUAAAGGCCUAAGAAUGCAGUUAUGGCAGGUGAACAAGAACAGCCUCACAGAGUACCCGGCCAUCAUGGCAACUGACUGAUGAAGAUUAUAGCAGAAUGGAGCUAAGAAAGUCUAGCUGAUUACUUGCGUCCAUCCGGGUGAUAUACGUUCGACAGACUUUAAUUUAUUCCUUAAUUGAUAUCUUAACGUGUCGUACUACUCUGCUCAUGACUGACGCUGCACAUCUUAAACUGCUGUGGUGGACCUUUCCAAUCAUUCAACUCUGUUUCUACCCCUCCUGUUAUUAUACUCCUACACUUUUGUAGUCAUUAGUUGUUAGGUCGGCUUUACCCACUAGAAGCAGAGCAUUUGCCUCACUAGUGGGGAAAGCUUACUGGUAAAAUUUGGUGUAAUAAUGAAGUUGAGGCUGGUUAGCAGCAUGAGCGUUAUUGACUUCAUCACAAGUGGAGAAGCUGACUUAAUUAAGAUCGCAGAGAUUGCAGUUGGCUCAGGCUAUGGGCAUGAACCACAGUAACUACCCCUCUAGUGUGAGCAGCAGACUGGCAAACGCCUGGGGAAUGCAGUUGAGACUAGCUAUUGGCCCACUUAUACUCCUGGGAGGAGAUAGACCACGUGGAUACAACGUCUUGCCCAAGGACACAAGUGACUUGCACAGCGUGUGUUUUUUAAACCUCUGACCUCUAGGUUGGGAGUCCGAGCCACAAUCGUUGCACCAUAUGAGGCUUGACAUUCCUAAACCUGUGUACUCUUGCUAAUUAACAUCUCGAGGACAUUUAAUUGACAGAUAAACCGACUAAUCAUCUCGGACAUUUUAAUUUCCUUAGACAGCUGGUUUAAACGCGAAACAUACGUGAGCCUAGGCCUAGAUGUCUAUGCUUGGUUAUAGAUACCCAGAUUUA